AUUGUCUUCUGUGUUCCUCAUCUAGAGAGCGAGAAACACCAAUACUACAGCGUUUUUGGCAAACCGGGAGGAAGUGAUUCAAUUCUCCGAGGCUGCUGCAUUGCGUGAAUCCUGAAUUUCUGGUUUUGCUGGAUCAACGAUAUAAGAACAAGAAAAAGUAGCUUGAAAAUUAACUAAUACGCGAUGGAGAAUGUUCGAUUGGGAUCUCCCCAAGUUGCCAAUGGAAGUGUUCCAGUUCCGCCUUCAUUACCCACUCCUUCAACCAGUUAUAAUCAAAGGGGGUUUAUGAUGAAUGGAUCUCUGUUAAAAGGGUACAGUUGUGUCUCCACAGCGACGAAAGAUUUGUGGGAGAAUCUCUUUGACUCUGGCUACAAAGCAGAUGUUAUCAUUAACACUGAUUUUGAUGGCGUCAUUUAUGCACAUGCAAAUAUUCUUAGCAUUGCUUCUCCUACUAUGAAAGGGAUCUUGAAGCAAUCAAAACGUUGUGGACGCUGGCGAACUCUCUCAAUUCAUGGUGUUCCACUGAAUGCAGUUAAAGUUUUUAUAAGAUUCUUGUACUCUUCCUGUUUUGAGAAGGUAGACAUGGAGGAUCAUGUCUUGCAUCUGUUGGUUCUAGCUCAUGCGUUUGUGGUUCCUCAGUUAAAGCGGGAGUGUGAACGUCAACUAGAGCAAGGUCUGCUCACCAUAGAGAAUGUAGUUGACAUAUUUCAACUGGCAUUACUAUGUGAUGCUCCAAGACUUGGUUUCAUUUGUCACCGUAUGAUCCUCAGAAAUUUUAUGGCUGUCUCUGCAACUGAAGGCUGGAAAAUCAUGAAGCAAAGCCAUCCCGUGCUUGAAAAAGAGCUUCUGAUGUCCAUGAUUGAUGAAGAAAAUAGGCGAAAGAAAAGGGUUAGAAAAUUGGAAGACAGGAAGAUCUAUUUGCAGCUGUAUGAGGCAAUGGAGGCUCUUGUUCAUAUAUGUAGAGAUGGUUGCCGGACAAUUGGUCCACAUGAUAAAGAUUUCAACAAGAAUCAGGCGCCGUGUAAUUAUCCAGCCUGCAAAGGACUGGAGUUACUUGUUCGGCAUUUUGCUGGUUGCAAAUUGAGGGUUCCUGGAAAAUGCAUCCAUUGCAAAAGAAUGUGGCAGCUCUUGGAAUUACACUCUCGUCUCUGUGCCAAUUCAAGCGCAUGCAGGGUUCCCUUGUGCAGCAAUUUCAAGAAUAGGAUUAAGAAACAAAGCAAGAAGGAUGAGAUCAGGUGGAAAAUACUGGUGCAAAAGAUAUAUAGGACAAAGGCCAUUGGAGGAGCUUCAUUUUUGUUCAAGGUUACCCCUUAGCGAUGAAAGAUUUUGUAUUAUUCUGCUAUAGUAAGCGCAAAUAUUGUAAAUUCAUUGCAGUUGCCUGUUUGUAGAAGUAUUAGUACCAAAAAAUACUAAACUUUGUCAAAUUUUAUUAAUUUAUAUCAAUGAAGAGAAAAGAAUCACUUCCCCAUCA